AUCAAUGUGAAGUCAUCUGGUUUUGGCUGGCGUGUUUAUUUGGGUAUCGCCAGACGACGCGCAACAUUCGCGUUUAUAAUCUAUGCCAGUCGUCUUGAUGCUACGCGUUACCAAACAUCUAAAUCGCAAAAAGAAUAAAAUUAGAAGUGAACAGGAAAACAAUACAAAAUGAAAAGAGAAGGAUUCAAUUGCUCGUGGAAUUUGGAGACUGGGAGUUUUACCUUUGGUGUAUUUAAUGCUAUUAUAUCAAGUUUUGGAUUUAUUGCGAGCGUGGUGUUUGCGAUAUAUGCAAUACACCAACAAAUAUAUUAUGAGCUUAAUCAUCACCACGCACAUUUUUAUUACCAUUUCGGUCCCCUUGCUUCGGGGUCCAUGAUUUUGACGACCACAGGCGUCUUAGGGAUCUCAGUCGCAUUUGCCGUCAUACUUUGCAUAGGAAUUCGUCAGAGGAAAGCUGAGUACGUGAAGUGGUACUUUGUAUAUGGAAUCGUAGUGAACGGACUGGUCCUAGCAACUGUACUUGCUCUGAUCAUAAUUAUUAUAGAAUUUAUAGACGACGUCGAUAGCACUGCGCCCAUGAUUUAUACUUGCAUCGCCUUGGUCGUAUUGUCUUCGCUAUUUGCCCUGAUCUUGGUGAUUAUUCGUGGCACGUACAAGAAAUUCGAACGAGAAUUAGAGGCGAGCCGUCAAUACGGUCAACUACCAGCAGUAGCGGUAGCAGGGCCUAUGGCGGCCCAGUAAUAAC